AUGGCAUACCGCGCUCCCGAACUUUUCGAUGUGAAAACAGGCGUCACUCUUGACGAGAAAGUUGACAUGUGGCAGUAUGUCACCGCCUCUCCUGGUAGAACAGCUCUACUGGGAGUCAUCUAUACACCAAUAAUCAUCUUCGUGCUGAACAUCCUCAAGCAGCUGGUUGUUCCCCAAGAUCCUUCACUACCUCCAGAAGUGUUCCACUGGAUCCCUUUCAUUGGGUCUUUCAUCGCGUACAGCGAUGACCCACUCAAUUUUUUAUUUGAGUGCAGGGAAAAAUACGGUGAUGUCUUCACAUUCACUCUACUUGGACGCAAGGUGACCAUUGCACUCGGUGUUAAGGGCAACAACUUUGUUUUGGGUGGUAAAUCAACUGCGUUCUCUGCAGAAGAUGCUUACACUCACCUCACGUCCCCCAUCUUUGGUAAAGAUGUCGUAUACAAUGUCCCCAAUGAAGUAUUCAUGGAGCAAAAGAAGUUUGUUAAAGUCGGCCUCUCAACUGAGAACUUCUGGGCUCGUACUCUGCAAGGCAAGGAGGUCAGGAGUGGUCUGGACAAAUCGUUUUCUGCACUUUCCAACGACCUGGAUGGAGGCUUCACCCCGCUGAAUCUCAUACCUCUUCGUGACCACGAAAUCGCGCACAUCAUGAUUGCCCUUCUCAUGGCAGGACAGCACACUAGCUCUGCCUCCAGUUCAUGGACCCUUCUUCACCUUGCUCAGAACGUCGAAGUCCAGGAAGCACUUUACCAGGAGCAAGUCGACCAUUUCGGCAACCUGGAUGGCUCUUUCCGUCCGAUGACAUAUGAGGGCUUCCGCAAGCUUCCAGUCCUUGAUCCCGCCAUUCAUGAGACACUUCGCAUGCACCCGCCUAUUCUCAGCACCAUGCGCUACGUUCGUUCCGAUGUCCCAGUUCCCUCGACUCUCGCUGCCCCCUCCAAAGAUAGUGUUUAUGUUGUUCCAAAGGGCCACUAUGUGCUUGCUUCUGCUGCCGUCAGCCAGUGGGACCCAACACGAUGGAGUGAUCCCCAGGGCGUUGCUGCUCAGGCUUUCAAGACUUACUCUGACGAGAAUGGCGAGAAGAUUGAUUAUGGUUUCGGUGCUGUAAGCAAGGGAACUGAGAGCCCAUACCAACCCUUCGGUGCCGGGAGGCAUAGAUGCAUUGGCGAGCAGUUCGCAUACCUGCAACUUGGAACCGUGAUUUCCAACAUCACCCACAAAGUUGAGCUUCGGUUAGAGGAUGGCAUCACAGAGAUCCCAGAACACAACUAUCAUACCAUGAUCACAAUGCCAAAGAAACCUCGGAAUGUUUGUUACAGACGCAGGAGAUUUGAUUAA